AUGCGCGCGCACGUAAAAUGGCGAUAGGUUUGUUAAUAAAUCGCUGUCAGUUUUAAAUCUUACGAUAUCAACCUGUAUAAAUGGCGUAAAUAGUAAAUCGUGUAUUAAUUGUAAAUUGUAAAUAGUCUACUGUAUAGUUAGUGGUAAUAUUUUGUGUUUUCGCGAAUGUUACGGUCGGUGGUGGAAAAUUAUAAAUAUAAGUGAUCCGAGAGUAUCUUGUGUUUGUAUUGUGUGCGAGAGGGGAAUCGUUUAGCGGAGCCGACGCCGAACGUACGGUAGACGCGGAUUUCGGCGUUAAUACGUUCCGUUGAUGAAAAAGGAUCAACGAAAAUAAGUACAGAGACACAAAUGAAGUGGUUGGGUGGCGGUGAUGGCAGCGUGGUGAGCGUUGACAUGGAUAGGGAGCCGCAGCGCACCCAGGAUGAUGCCGCAGUAGGAUAUGAAUUUCAACGACCCCCAGAUCCCGAGUUUCCAGCAUUUGGACAAAAACAAGCUCGAUGGGCUCUUGGAGAUGACAGUAUUAUUGAGAGUUACGAUAAGUGGAAGUACCCUGUUAAUAGCAAAAUGGCAACGCCCCCGACCAUGUCAUAUUUAGCUCCUAAUCCCAAUAUGGGACCAUAUGAUAUGAGCCAGAGUAAAAAUCUCGGCCCCGAUCAACAACAAGUUAUGUAUUUAUCGAAUCACUUAGCUGGUCAUAUGGCCGGAAAUCUUCCUAUGCAUCCCCAGUAUAUGACGCAGAAUAUGCAAACUCAAAUUGUUCGACAAGGAUCUCAGAUUGCUUCAUCAACGAAGAAGCUGUGGGGCCUGGAAGGAGGGAAAGACGGUAAAGGGCUUGCCCUGCACCAUCUCAACCACGUGGAAGGUGUAUGGAGAGAUCCAACAUGGGCAGCACCAGUGGAACAUCCUGUAUCCGCCCCUUUAACGAUGGGACGCAGGGGCGGCUUUGCCGGCGGAGACACGGGCAACAUCCUGUCUCCAAGGGGUUCCGAUACCGGCGGUCUAGGGGUCAAAAUGGUUGAAUACGUUCUUGGAAGUUCACCUACGAACAAAGACAAUAUGGGUUUGGAACCAAGAAUACGCGCCCUUCACCUCGACGACAAGGACAAGGAUAAACCGCAAAGUCCCAAGGAGGAGGUGAACGGGCAAGCGGUUGUACAAAAUGGACAAGUUUCUGAUGAUGACAAGAGUUUCAAUCGUACUCCGGGUAGUAGACAGCCGUCUCCUGCCGAGGAAGAUCUCCCCAAAAAUGGCUUGCUGGAACCCAGCGUGGUCAUAAUGAAACCAUCUCAAGAGCCAUUGCCUCCUCACCUGCAGCAGCAUCUUCAACCCCAUUUGGGACCUCAUCUCGGAGUAACUCUCGCCGAUUCCGUUAAUCAACAAUUCGAGCAUUUCGCCGAACAGCCACCGCCUGGCGGACCUUACGAUCAACAACACCAAUAUCCUCCUCCUCCCCCACAACCUCACCAAGUGGACAGCGCAGUUCUUCAACAGCAGCAACAUAACUUCGAUGUACAGCAAUUAUUCCGUUCUCAACAGACCCAGGCAGCCGCGGCAUCGAAUAACGCCGCUCAACUGCAGUUAUUACAACAACAGCAACAGUAUUUGCAACAACAGCAAGCGGCUUUUCCGCAGACGCCGUACGUGCUGAACCCGCAGCAGGAGCAAUACUUAAUUCCUGCAGGGGUCCAUCAAUAUUACGGGGUUGGUCCCUGGGUCUACCCGGCUCCGGCUAAUUUGAUACAGCAGGGAGCCAGUAAUGGAGCACGCAGACCGCUUACUCCCAACGGCACAGAAGCCCAACAACAAGUCCAGCCUCAAGUACCCGGUGGUUACAUCGUCCCAUACUACGACCAGAAUACGCCGAUACUUAUGGCCCAGGGAGCCGCCAUGAGAAAUGGCACCCCGAUGCGUCUCGUCAGUCCUGCUCCCGUUUUGGUCCAACCGCAAGCGUCACGACAAACGCCCGCAGGGGCUUCCCUCUAUUCGAGCACCCCGCAAAGUCUCUACGGCGCUAACGUCAAUACUUCGGUCAAUGGAACCACCCUUAGCGGUGUAGCACAAGGGGUUGGUUCAGGUUUAUUCCCGACGCUUCACGCACCCCCUUCAGCCCCCUUUGGCAGCUCUUCGCUUGGAAACAUUGGUUCAUCAGCCACAACAACAUCUUUACACGCAGGUCUUGGAUUAACAACAUCAUCAACUGGUAGAAGAGAUUCUUUUGAUAGAAACACAUCGGCAUUUUCACCAUCGUUAGAUUACAGGCCGAAAUGGCCGGCAUCGUACGGAUUGGGAGGAAGUCCAAGUCCGUUAACAGCGAGUUUAACGCCGCCCCCGACGGCUGCUCCGUUACAAUUGGGAAAUUUGGUGACGUCGAGGGUGUUGUCGGCAGCGCCGGGAGCGGAGGCGAAAUACCGGAACUCGGUGACGGCGGGUAGUCUCUCUGCGAAUACGAUGUUCGGCUCGACGAACUCAAUCUUCAAUAAGAUCAACUCACUGACGACCGCCGCCGUCUCCAACAGCUUGGACAAAGGCCCGCAGGGCAGAUCUCGCUUAUUAGAAGACUUCCGCAACAACCGUUUCCCCAAUUUGCAAUUGAGGGAUCUGGCUAAUCAUAUUGUAGAGUUCUCGCAGGAUCAGCACGGCUCUAGGUUUAUCCAACAGAAAUUGGAGAGGGCGACGGCCGCCGAAAAACAAAUGGUUUUCAACGAAAUAUUAUCGGCCGCUUACAAUUUAAUGACGGACGUGUUCGGGAAUUACGUUAUCCAAAAGUUCUUUGAAUUUGGUACGCCCGAACAGAAGACCACUUUAGCACAGAAAGUGCGCGGGCACGUUUUGCCGCUGGCCUUGCAAAUGUACGGGUGUCGCGUUAUUCAGAAAGCUUUGGAAUCUAUUCCAGCCGAACAACAACAGGAAAUUGUUAGGGAACUCGACGGACACGUUUUAAAAUGUGUCAAGGAUCAAAAUGGAAAUCAUGUUGUGCAGAAAUGUAUUGAAUGUGUUGAUCCAAAUGCUUUACAGUUUAUAAUAGCAUCAUUCGCUGGGCAAGUUUAUACCUUAUCAACCCACCCUUAUGGUUGCCGAGUAAUCCAGCGAAUUCUCGAGCAUUGCACUCCCGAACAAACGGCCCCAAUCUUAGCUGAACUUCACGCCCACACAGAUCAGCUUAUUCAGGAUCAGUUUGGUAACUACGUUAUUCAGCACGUUCUUGAACAUGGAAAACCAGAAGACAAAUCUAAACUAAUAAACAGCGUACGUGGAAAGGUGCUUGGCCUCAGUCAGCACAAGUUCGCAAGUAACGUUGUAGAGAAGUGUGUCACUCAUGCAACUAGAGCAGAAAGAGCGCUGCUUAUCGAAGAGGUUUGUGGAUUUAACGACAAUGCUUUGCAUGUGAUGAUGAAGGAUCAAUACGCGAAUUAUGUUGUUCAAAAGAUGAUCGACGUGAGCGAACCGACACAACGGAAGGUGUUGAUGCAUAAGAUUCGACCCCAUUUAAAUUCGUUGCGCAAAUACACCUACGGAAAACACAUAAUCGCCAAGUUGGAAAAGUUUUUCAUAAAAUCGCCGGGGUCGAUGGGCUCUAUCGGAGGGGAGCUGGGACCAAUUGGGCCUCCGACAAACGGAGUGCUCUAAACGUCUCCUAAACGACGACAAAAGAAGCAGUAGCAACAAGAAGAAUAAGAAGUAAAAAAAAUAAGAAGCGAGAAACCGCGUUUACGUUUCAAGUUUUGACCAAAUUGUGUGAUUUUUUUUAAUUACUAUUGGUAUCAAUUAAUCAUGCAAAACACACUUUUCCAGUAUUUUCUUUAAUUUUUCAUUUAUUUUCCCGUUUCUCAUUUAUUUUAUUUUAUCACGUUUUUUUUUAAUUAAUUAGGUUUACGAUUAUUAGAGUUUAGUGAGUUCUUUUUUGUAUCAUCCAUGCACACUUACAUAUUUUUAUUUUAUAAUUUCUUUUCUGUAUUAUAGUUGUAUUUAUGUACUUUACAUUUCAUUGCAAUCCAUCAUAAUUAUUAUUAAUUAAUUACUCGUUGGUUGGUGUUGACUUUUGUUUUAUGACGAUGCGACAAAUGUAAUGAUUUAGCGUUUAGUUUUAUUUUUUAUAAUUAAUUAGCUUGUUUUUGCGUAUUAAUUAAGUUUGAGUUUCUCUUAUUUUGAAUGGCAUAAAACAAAAGACAGACCGCGUUGUAACACGUCGUUUUUUGGAGUAAUGGUUUAAAAAAAGGAUGCAUGUGUAUUAUCAUAAAAAACUACUGUUAAUUAAUUAAUUAAUGAUUCAUUUGUACAAUUUUUCAUCAACGGAUUGAUUUUUUCGUGUAAAUUUACUUUUUUUGUGUUCUUGACCAAGUGAAUCUCUUUAGUUCCGUCAUCGCGUCAAAAAAUAAUAAGAGGUAAAGUAAUAAUUUGAGAGAAAGUGAUUCCACUUUGAUGAAAAUGAAAUGAGCAAGCGAAACAUGAAACAAAAAAAUGAAAAAUGAAAAUCAUUGUGUACAUAGAUAUUUUAAAAAUAAUAAAACGGCCACCGACGUUUGAUUAUAAACAAUUGAUUCAGACAGAGCGUGUUUUUAAUAUUGUGAUAUAGUCCUCAGGAAAUAGAUCUGAAAAAAACACAACAUCAUUGAAUUUCCAUUUGUGAAUCAAAAUUUUCGUAGCGAACUUCAUUGAGAACUAACUAUUACUAUUACCACAAUACAGACGAUUAAAACAAAAUAAUGAAAAAUACAUGCACAUCUUACACUCACAUUUUAGAAAGAAACAACACCAUUUAAACUAAAAAUAAUAAAAUCCACAAACACGUGAGAAAACUAUUUAAUUAAUGAAAGCGUUUUUUCACUCUUUUUCUUUUUAUUAAUUUUUUAGCACAAGUUUCAACAAAAAUUCAAGUAACAAAGAAAAAGUUUCAAAUCCAAAAUAAAACGAAGCAUUUAUUACUUAACACUUUCUUGCAUUUAAGAAUUUUACCUUUGAUAUACCUUUGACCUACGAUGAACCGCUCUCCUUUAACCAUUAAAACGUUCAUUUUCAUUCGGUUAUAACAAAAAAUUAAAAAAAAAUAGUUGGGUAGAAAGCAGAUAAUUAUUUAGGUUUUAGUAAAGAAAAAAAUAAUUAAAAUAUUUAAGACAUUCAAAGAAGUCAAAUCGCUUCGAAAUUAGAUUAGUUCGAUUUUUAAGCCUUUGUGGGGCUACAUUAUUUCAAAAAAUAUUAAAAAACAUUUUACACACACAUUAAUAAUCCCUUUAAAGAGAAUUAAAAGUACACUAUAUCUUUAUUAGAAUAUUGAACGUAAAAGUACAUAGUUCUUUAAAGAAAACAACUUUGAAUUUAGGGAUAAAACACGUAGAUGAAAACGUUUUUAAAAAUUAUUACAAUAAGAGUUGAUUAUUUUAAUUUUAUUAAGAGUAAUUAAUCUAUUUAAAAUGAUCAUGUAAAGUACAAAGAAAUAUAUUUGUUUCGUUAAGGUUUAAAAAAGGUCUUCUUAGAGGAUUACAAUUUGUAUUUUAAUUUGAAAAAUAUGUUUGUAAAUAAAUUUUGUUUUAGCAAAGUUUGGAAAUUCUUGGAGGUUCUUAAAAAGAAUAUUUAUGUUCUUAAACAUUGCUAAGACAAAAUUUAUGUCUAAAAUUUUUUGUAAAACAUCAAUGACUAAUUAAUUUCCCCAUGGAAAAUCAGAUAAAACUGCAAAAGAAAGUGAUUCGUCGUCUAGCAACGCCUAAAACAUCAUAUUGUGGAGAAAAAAAUAUAUAUUGAGGUUGCUAUGAUGAUUGAAGAAGAUGUAGAAGAAUUGAUAAUGGUGGAAAAAAAGACCAAUCUCAAUCUACAGCAUAUUUCGAAAAAUAUCUUUAGGUGAAGAAAUUUGAAAAAAUGUCAUCUUGAAGCAACUAUAAUGAUUAAUGGAGGUUGUAAAACAACAAAGUGAAGUCCAGAAAUACUUGAAACAUCAUAUUGUGGAGAUUUUCUUUUAUAUGUAUAUAACAUCAAUAGAACUAAAAAAUAUAUAUAUCAUAUUGAGGUUGCUAUGGUGAUUGAAUAAGAUGUUGAGGAUGUAGAAGAAUUGAUAAAGGUGGAAAAGAUGACGAAAAGCUGGUGAUUGCAGAAGAUGGCGAACCUCAAUUUACAGCAGCAUUUCGAGAAAUAUGUUUAGGUGAAGAUCAAGGCGAAGAAAUUGGAAGAAAUGUUAUCUUGAAGUAACUAUAAUGAUUAAUGGAGGUUGUAAAACUAUAAAGUGAAGUCAAGAAACAGUUAAAACAUCAUAUUGUGGCGAUUUUUUGUAUAUAUAACAUCAAUAUAACUGAAAAACGAUAUACAUCAUGUUGAGAAGGAACCAAGAAAAUGGGUUUUUUGAUGAAGAUGAUGAUGCGGAAGAAAUAGCAAGACUUCAACAAAUCCACAAGUAGUCCACAAGGAAUAGACAAAAGUGUUUAUCAUCAUGAAGCAACAAAAAUGAUUAAUGGAGGUAGUGAAACUACGAAGGAAAAUGAAGCUUAACUCCUAGCAAUGUCCAAAGAAUCAUGUAAUGAAGAUUUUUUUAUAUAUGAAUUAAAUACAAUCAGAGGAAAAGUAUAUAUCAUGCUAAGAUAGCUCCGCGAUGGUGAAGAUGUAGGAAAAAGCGAGAAAAUUGAUUUUUGAAGAAACAAAUGUAGAAUCUAAAUCUACAUCACUUCAUAAACCACCUCUAAAGGAA